UGUUUCUUAAUAUAAUUAAGCAUAGAAUCCAAUCAACCGUAACGUGUGAAAAUAUGGCAUUUAUAAUCAAUCAGUGAAGAGCAGUAAGGAAUACUGUCAUAAAUUAUAUUUUUUUCAAUAACAAUUGCCAAAAGGCACAUAUUACUAUUAUUUAUAAUAGUUAAAUCGAUCCGGGGGACAGACCGUGUACAAUAAUAGCUUGUCUCUGCCGCAUUCACUUGUCUAAAUUUACACUCCACAUCAGUUUCGCUUCACACGCACACGAUGAUGGCUGACUUUGGAUUUUAUACUUUCGUUCUUUUUAUAAUUCAACUAAUUUUAGUGGAAGUAUCAGAAAGUUGUAUAACUAAAGAUCCUUCAAUUACUAUCAAACCAGAGGAAAUGGUGGCUAGGUCUAAAUAUGUUUUAUAUGGAGAAGUAGUUAAAAAAAUAACACCGGACCCAAGGACACCAAAUAUUGCAACUUCAUAUGGUGUGGAAUUUAACAUUAAAUGUAUUUACAAAGGAAGCAACUCAGAUGCGAUGUUAAGAAAUAAAGAAAAAGUAAUUAUUGCCGGCGCAGGUAUCGUGAGACCAAACUGUUAUUCAUUUGAAGUAAAACCGGCAGAAGAAGGUGUCACCGAUUAUGUUGUUUUUCUGCAAGAAGAUGGAAACCAUUUAGUACCAUCUUAUGGUGCACCUGAAGGUGUCUCAUACCAAGAUAUAUAUGAAUUGACACUUGUUUGUGGUAUGAAUCCUAUUGGACCAAGUGGUGGAGCACCAAAAGAAGAUUGUCCUAGCAGUCUUCCGAGUGAUUGCAUAAAAUACGAAUUUCCAACAAGCCCUAAGCCUGUUACAGUUGAAGUGGGAAAACCACAGCUUCUAACCACACCAGCACCAAAACCAGAACCCAAACCGAAACCAGAACCAGAGCCAAAGGAGCCUGUUAAAGGGGACACAAAAAGUCAAGAGACAAAUGAUGGAGGGCGAAAUGGCACAGCUACUAUCCCUAAACUUACAGUGUUUAGUAUAUUUCUUGGUUUACUAAGUGCUUUAUGUGUGUCUUAAACUGAACAUUCCAUAUGGUCUGAAGGCUUAAUCAAAUAAUAAUCAAAUAAUUUAUUUAUUUUUUUGUAAGGGCUGGUUGUGCCAACUGUAAUUAUUCUGAAACUCUCUAGAUAGUGUAUGACCUAAUAUGUAAAAGAAUGCAGAUGCCAGGUUUAUUUCUGCAAAGUAAUUUUACUAAAAAAUAUUGAUUCUUAUACAUGUAUAUGGGAUUAGUUUUAUGCAACCUGUUGAAUAAAUAUUUAUAUGAUAUACUAUGUAAAUAUUGCAAAACAAAAGUACAGGUCAUGGAAAAGCUAGCAAGUGAGGAAACUGGGAUCAGAAAUGUUCAUAUCUAUUUACUUACUAUAUAGGUAUCUAUAAGUAAUGAUACACAGGCACUUGUCUCAAAAAAAAAUUCCUAUAUACCAUUAAGGUAUAAAGGAAUUUUUUUUUUGAGACAAGUGCCUGUGUAAUGAUAGCCUUAUUGUCUAGAGCCCAUGGAUUGUGACAUAGUUUUAAAUUUUUCAGAAAAUUUCACAUGUCACCUGCAAAAGUCUUUUGAUUUUUCUAAUAUUUUGUGAAGCAAUACCAUUUUAUUUUUAAUUUUUGAAUCGUUUUUGUAAAUUUAAAGUAAAACAGUGCAAUCUCCCUCCAUUAGAAAAAUACAAAGAACUUAAAAAUGCAAUUGAUGUGGCUUAAAAGUAUGAGUUGAUGCAUUCCGUAGAGCUUCCAUUAUAGGUAGUUCUGUAGGAAAAGAUGUAAAUUUAUUAUAUAUUUUAUCUGAAUUAUUACUUAUAUCAAUUCCCUUAUAAGAAAGUUUGUUUUUGGAAUUAUACAAUUUGUACGAAAAAUCGAAACCUGUAGUUUAUAGAUACUAUAGUAUAAAAAUUACUCUAGAGAUAAGGAACAAAUUAAAGUAUUCUCCUUUUUGAAAUUUUCCCAUUGCAUAAAAAUCUGCAAUUACUCACUGAAAGUUGAAGUGAAAAUUUUGUCUGUAUGAAGCAUUCUAUGACCGGGGAUUAAUUUAUUUUCAGUUCUCUUUAAUUAAAAAAUCAUUAUUAAGCAUAAACUUUUAAACAGCAAACUGUUGUAUGAAAUGAAUGUUAUAUUAGAAACAUAAGUUAGACAAUAUUAGAAAGUGCUUAUUACAAGUGUUAGAUUUUGACAUUGAUAUUUAUUGUCAAAAAAUGUUUUAAUCAUUUUAAUGUUAUUUUAAACAAGUUUUUAUGACUGAACAUUGAGUCAACAUUAUUCUUAAUCACAUUUAGUAUUGAAAUUAAUAACCAAUUUAUUAUAUUUGAAUUUUUAGAAAAUAUUUUGUAGACUGAUAUAUAGUGUUCUCUUCGUUUUGGUAUCAAUUGCAUUAUUUAAAAAAAUCCUACCUCAGUUGUUUUGGAGAAAGAUUAAGCCGUGAAAAUUGAUACAGACUGUAUCUUAAUAAACCUAUGAAAUCUAAUUAACUUUAUUAGUAUCCUUGAUAUAAUAUACUCCUAAUAUUUAUGUUAAUAGUCAAGACUUGACAGUGACAAUGUGCCAAUAUUCGUUGUCUAACAUACUUCUGAUAUACAAGUACAUCUUAUAUAUACGCAGCUAAAUGACUCUGUUGUACAAGAGUAUGCAAUAUUUAAUUACAUUUAUUAAUACUCUUAUUUACUAAUAUUUGCAGCAAAGAUUGUUUCUUGAUGUAAAACAUCUAUUUUGUUUAUUUAUGACCUUCAGGUACUUAGUAUUUUUGCAUCAAUUGGCUCAUUUUAAUAGUAUGAUACAUAACCAACUUCUGUGGUAAUAAGUGUAUUUAUGUAUACUUAAAGUAUGUAAGUAUUAUUAUGUAUGUGUUCCAGACGAUUUUAUUUUGGUUACUGGUAAUUAGAUUUCCCCAUCCUACAUGAUCAUGAGUAGAUGAAUACCGGUAAUUAAAAGAUGUUUUUAGAUUGAUUAGUCUUCCAUCCCGUCUGUUUAUAGAUAGAAAAAUAUAUAAAUGCAGGGGUGGAUUCAGGAUUUCAAGUGAGAAAAAGUAAAAUGCUAGACUAACAAUAUUGUCAACAGUGAAAGUUGAAUACAAAAUUAUAACCCUCCCCCUUUUCUGCAAAAAUCUAAUGCUUAAAUUUUUUUGUGAGAAUGACUAUCGGGGUUGGUAGGUAUGCCCCAUAGAUUUGAAUCUGAAGGAAUUAAUUUUAUUCAGUUAGUUCUUGCAUGCUGAUAAUUUAUUUGAAUGUUUUUCAUUUUUAUCAUUUAUGAUUCCCUUUUUCAUUUGCAUUCCAUGAUGAUUUUAGUUUGUAAAUAACUAGUUUAUAUAUGGCACACUCAGGACUAGACAAAUUGCUUUGCUUUCAGUAAAAUUUAUUAGUUUAUUGGUCCACCAUGAAUCCAAAUUAAACACUGGAAUUGGUUACAAUCAAGUAGAAAAUACUGCCGAUUUUUUAUGCAUUUACAACCACAUAUUAAUUUGAAAGAUAAGUGGAAGAGAAAAAACAACCUGUUCCAUGAUAAUUUUUCAGAUACUGAUUUUGACACAGACAAAAAUCUUUACAAUGCAAAUGAACAUAAUUCCAACUGAAUCUACGUAUAAGAUGCUUAUAAAUGUCUGAGAUAAAUGUGGUCACAGUACAAGCUCCAAUAUCUAAGUCUUGUUCAAAAAAGUAAUUUCUGUUUUACUUCAGGCAUGCAUGCUUUGCAUCAAAUUUUUAGAUUGAAGUAUAGAAAAUUUGGCACUGAGACAUAUAAUUCAUAAGUUUUACACUGAAAGCAAGGAAUUCUUUUAAUUGAAUUGUGAAUAGUGCCCAAUAAUCAAUAAUGUAAAUUUUUAGUAUUAUUUUAGAAUAAAUAGAUAUUUUAAACUGCAGUGCCUAUAAAGCAACCCAAAACUGAUUGGAAAUUUUUCCAUGGUUGUUUUUAAUGCAUAUGGUCUUAUGUACGUAUGUAAAAUUUAAUUUUCUGUAAAUGAAUGAGUGUAUGGUACAUGCAUUUUUCGUUAUUAUUCUUUAUUAGCGUGAUCCAAGAGAGACAACCCAAAAUAAAAAUAGUGAUUUUUUAUAUUGUUUUACAAUUUGUGUUGCAGUAUUUAUUUAUUAGCUUAAUUAAAACAAAAGUCGCAAUACUUGCUAUUGUAACUUUCAAUUUCUCUUUUUCUGAAUGCCCAGUUUUUAUUUAUAGUUUUCUUUGCUGGAAUGUAUUUAUGAUUAAAUUUUUUCAUUGUCUUCAAAAUUUGAAGUUCAAAUCCUAAUUCAUAUUAAUUUUAUUAACAUUAUAACUUAUCAUUCAUCUUAUCAGUAACCUAGGGGAACUUAAUCCCAUAUUAAGUAUUUGAAUGUUUGUGUAUUAGUUUAGUCAUAUAUCUCCUUAACCUAGUAUAUUCUGACAGCAAUUACAGCCCUUCUUGUGGCCAUGCAUAUAUAGCUAGGGAUAUUUUAAACUUUUAGUGUGUAUUUGGACUUAAUUAAAAAGAAAACAAAUUAGAACAAAAUCUUAUAUUGCAGUUGUUAAAAUAAAUUUCAUGAAAAUAUAUGGAUGCGUCUACAUUAUCUGUAAAUAGAGAAACAUGUAAUAAUGUUGGACGACAGUGAUAUCCUUUGACAAUAACGUUAGGAGAAUAUUUAGAUAUGGUGCCUUCUGUGUUGUAGUGUUGUUGUAAUAUUUAUUAAAUGAUAUAAAUCCAGGGUACACUUGUAAAAAAAUUGUCAAAUAUUUGUGUACACUGCCAAUCAUCUGUUUAUGAGAUGCAUCAUAGUGCUCUGCUUUGAAUGUGUGUGGAAUUUUUUUUUUUUUUAACUUUUUCGUGGCAAAACAAGAUUUCCCGGACUUGAUAUUAAAAUGAAAGUUCAAGUUAUUAUAAUGAAGUUUCAUUUUAAUGCCAUUUUUCAAGAGAUGAAAACAUUGUUUGAAUAUGAAAAACAAAAAAAAUUAUUGUAAAUAGAAUUUAAAACAGUUUUACCAAGAUUAAGUCAGCAUCUUUAGAAGGCUAAAAUGCAUGAUCAAUCAGAUCUAUUAUCUCACAAUUUCCAAACUAUUUUUUUAAAAAUUUAAAUGCACUUUUUGUGUAGCUGAUUCAUUUUUAUUCAUACAUUUCAGAAAGAAUUUAGAAGAAUGAAAUUUUUAUCCAGCAAUAAUCAUAUUAAUGGAAAUUUUUUCAUAUCUUGUUUUUGUUAUCAUACCAGCGAUACAUUUGUAAUGUUUCACUUAAAAAUUCUUACCAUGAAAUUGAAAUUCUUGAUAUGCGAUUUUUACAAUGAUGACAUUGUUAAUAAUAAAGUAAGUGGUGCUCCAUGUAGGAAUCUGAUAUUUAGGAUAGGAGAAAUGUGUCAUCAAGCAAUAACAUACCUGCAAACUUUUCAAAAUGCCCAUGUGGGUUUUGCGUGCAAGAUGGCUGUCAUAGUCCUAAAAAAACCCUUCAAGGAUGCCUUCAAAUACAUUUUAAUGUUAUUUUUUUGGCUUCUUCACGCUUUUAUAAGCCUAGAGUCAUUGUAAAAUUAACUGUUUUGUUUAAAAUUGUGGACAAAAUUGCUCUUUCAAAAUUUCAAUUUGGGAGCCUCCAUGGGGGAAAUCCCCCGCAAAUAGUGACAGUUGGCAGGUAUGCAAUAAAAAUACAAAUAUUUUAUUACCAUGGUUUCUUUUGAUAUGUAAUUAAAAAGCAAGAUUUAUAUUUGAUUGAUGUAUGUUUUAAAACAUGGAGAAUCACAAGAAUGUAAAUAUAUCAGAGGCGUUUUACUUUUUGUGAUUUCUCAACGGUGAAACAAGAAAGGGUAUAUUAUAUCUCCUGGCUUGUUUUAUAUUGUAUUUUUGGUUAAACGAAUUAAACAUGGGGCUAUUUUUGUAAGAUUUAAACAAAUAGUGAAAUAGGGUAAAUUUUUCAAUUUUUGCAUAUAUAUUAAAACAGGGUAACAUUUUAAUCAUCCAGAGUCUGUUGCACCAUUGUACAAAAAAUAUCAAAGACAGUACAAAAGGGGUAGUUUUAGAAUUAUUUAUUAUCUAUAAAAUUUUGACACCAAUUAUUCAACCCCCUAUUGUGAUCCUGAACUUAUAAGAACAUUGAAUUAGUACCUAAUUUGAAACUGCCAAUUGUACAGGUUGCUUAGAUUAGAUUUUAAUUUAUAAAAAGUCAAUUGAAUAACAGCUGGGUUUUUUUUGUCAAACAUCUGUUGCUGUCUGUCUAAUUUUUUAAAUAGACCAGUAACAUAUUGAAAUCUAAUAUUCUAAAAUUAUUAUGUUUAAACAACUUUAUAAAUAGAAAUCAUAGCUGUUACGUAAUAUAGCAAGCAACUGUGCAAUAAGAUUAUCAUCAUUAAACCAUUGAUAAUUAGUGUGCAACUGUGUAUCUUAUAUAUAUAUGUGUAUAAUUGAUUUAUGUUAUGUUCAGCUCAAUUUGUAUUUUUUGAAUUUAAUAUACAAAUAUUAAUAAAAUGAUUGAAGUUGUAAGCUUAA